AUGGCGUACGAAGGCGAUGAUGCGAGCGAUGCAGAGGGAGAAAAUGGAAUAAUUGGAAGCGCGCGAUGCGUGUGCUUGGUGGACGAUCGAGGGCAGAGAACGAUGCGGACGUAUUUGGGGGCGUCGGCGAAGACGCGAGCGGACGAUUUGCCGAGCGAGGCGUUGCGCUCGGCGGAUGUGUUGCACGCGGAGGGGUACGCGCUGUAUAAACCGGAUGUUUUAGCGCGCGCGUGCGCGCUGGCCAAGGAAAACGGCGCGCUCGUGAGCUUAGAUUUGGCGUCGUUUGAGGUUGUGAGGCACUGUCGAGACGCGCUGCGCGAGACGCUCGAGUCGGGCGUCGUCGACGUGAUAUUUUGCAACGAAGACGAGGCGCGCGAACUCGUGCGUGGAAUCGACGACGACGGCUGCGCGCGCGCGCAGGAGUCGCAUCCGCAGUUGAACGGGCGCGACGUCGAGCGACCGAGCGAGGAAACCGAGUUGGCGGCUUUGGCGUAUUUAUUGCGUUACGUCAAACUGGCCGUGUGUUCUCGCGGCAAGCGCGGGUGCGUCGCGAUGAACGCUGAAGGCGAGCGAAGCGAAUCUCGCGCCGAAGGCGUGGAAGCGAUCGACACCACGGGCGCGGGAGACACGUUCACGAGCGGGUUCUUGCACGCCUAUCUCGCCGGUGGAUCGUUGCGACAGUGCGGCGACGCCGGUUGCGCCGCGGGGGCAGAGGUCGUUCAAGUUCGCGGCGCGGAGAUGGACGACGAUCGCUGGCGUCGCGUGCGCGAAAAGAUUGCGAUAAUUUUAGGCAAGGAGCGCUCACCGAGCGCGACGAUGUAG